AUGACCAUCACGGACAGCUCUCUGACCCCCAUUGCGGUCGUGGGCAUGUCUUGUCGUCUUCCGGGCGAGGUCCGUACACUUGAUGACUUCUGGACUCUCAUAUCUCGGGGUCGGGAUGCUUGGGGUCCAAUUCCCUCGGAUCGCAUGUCUAGUGCAUCCUACUACCACCCAGAUCCCCAGCGAAAGGGCUGCUUUAAUCCCAAGGGAGGCUACUUCCUCCAGGAAGACGUUUCCCAGUUUGACGCUCCAUUCUUCCAUAUCACGCAACAAGAAGCCAUUGCCAUGGAUCCCCAACAGCGAUUACUCCUCGAGUGUGCCUACGAAGCCCUGGAGAACGCCGGUUUCCCACAACAAGCCAUCGCAGGCUCGCGGAUGGGAGUCUUCACGAGUCUUUGUUCAUCAGACUACCGUCGCGGCGCUUUUCGCGACCUUGACUCAGUUCCCAUUUUCGAUGCCACGGGAAAUCAGGAGUCUAUUCAGGCUGGUCGUCUUUCCCAUUUCUUUAACCUCCGUGGUCCAUGCAUGGCUAUUGAUACGGCCUGUUCGUCCAGUCUUUAUGCACUGCAUCUGGCAGUGCAAAGUAUUCGUUCUGGCGAUGCGGAUUCCGCUCUGGUUGGUGGAGCUAGAUUGCGUUUGCAGCCAGAUGAGAUGGUUUCAAUGUCUAUGACGGGCUUAUACAACGAGCAAGGCAAGACCUUCGCGUUCGAUGAUCGUGCCGUCUCGGGCUUUGCGUGCGGCGAGGGGGUGGGCUGUCUGGUCCUUAAGCCCUUGGACCAGGCUCUGAAAGAUAAUGAUCCGAUUUAUUCCGUCAUUAGGAACACUGGAGCGAAUCAUGAUGGACAGACUGUUGGCCUGACAAACCCCAAUGGAGAGGCCCAAGAACAGCUCAUGCGAGAAGUCUACGCCCGCGCCAACAUCUCCCCGACUGAUACGGGAUUCGUUGAGGCGCACGGCACCGGAACCAAGGUUGGCGAUCCCAUCGAAGUCGGCGCCAUCCAUCGGGUGUUUGGAGAUGGCCGGACCAAGCGCACACCGCUAUACCUCGGCUCCGUCAAAUCUAACUUUGGACAUCUCGAGUCUGCCAGCGGCAUUGUGUCUGUGAUGAAGGCGUCCCUGAUGCUACACCGCGGGUUCAUUCUCCCCAAUGCUAACUUUAAACGCGCUAACCCUGCCAUUCCACUUGAUCAAUGGAAUAUCAAGGUGCCGACCAGUCUGCGCCCCUGGCCCCAGGGCAAGAAGUACAUCAGUAUCAACAAUUUCAGCUUUGGUGGCUCCAACUGCCAUGUCGUACUCGAAAGGCCUCCUCGUUCACGCGGUCAGGCUCCCACCUCCCCACACGAUGCGCCCCGGCUUUUUGUACUCAGCGGCUAUGAUGACGAGGCCGCAAAAAGCAUUGCCAGAAACCUUGUCUUCUACAUGGAACAACACCCGGGCGUCUUCGAACGGCGCCUGGUGCACGACAUCGCAUACACCCUGGGAGAGCGGCGCUCUCACUUUCCCUGGCGCGUUGCAGUCACCGCUUCAUCUACCGCCGAACUCGUCGAGACUUUGAAUGGGCCGGCGAGUGUCCCUCGGCGCGUCAAGCUGGGGACCAUCGCUUCUCCCGCCAUUGCCUUUGCGUAUACUGGACAGGGUGCACAAUGGCCCCGCAUGGGGGUGGAGCUCACAGACACCCACCCUGUUUUUGCAGCCACCAUGGAGGAAGCAGGGCGUGCAUUGGAGGACCUGGGCGCGGAGUUCUCCCUGUUUGAAGAGUUGAAUCGUGAAGCAGCGGAGUCUCGCGUCAGUCAGCCUCAGAUAUCUCAAGUGGUAUGUACCGCUGUGCAGCUUGCUCUGACCAAUCUUCUGGCUUCCUGGGGCAUACAACCGAAUAUGGUGGUCGGCCACUCCAGUGGAGAGAUUGGGGCAGCAUAUGCGGCGGGCGCUAUUUCCGUGAGCGAAGCUAUUGCCCUGGCGUAUCAUCGGGGACGGCUCGCGGCCCAAGUUCGAGUCCAAUUCCCAGACCUAAAUGGUUGCAUGAUGGCCGUUGGAGAGAGUGCUGUUGAGGUGCGCAAGACCAUUAAGCAACUUAAGCUUGGAGAGGACAUCACUGUCGCUUGUGAGAACUCACCGCGGUCUACCACGGCAUCUGGAGAUGCUACUGCCAUGGACCUUCUCGCAAAGGAGCUACAAGCGCGGCAAAUCUUUCAUCGCAAGCUUCAUGUCGAUGUUGCUUAUCACUCUCCCCACAUGCAGCUGAUCGCCGAUGACUAUACCAGCGCCAUCCAGCAGGUCGUGCCGUCCACGAAGAAGGAGAAUGUCCAAUUCUAUUCCUCGCUGUUAGGUGAAAAGGUCGAGCAUCCCCGGACUCUGGGAGCAUCAUAUUGGGUCGAUAAUCUGACACACCCGGUUCAAUUUUCGACAGCGCUGAGCCAGCUGUGUGCCGAGUCCAGGCCCGACAUCAUCAUCGAAAUUGGGCCGCAUGCCGCGUUGCAGGGCCCGAUCAAGCAGAUUCUGCAGGGCACUCAGAACAUGCACACUCAGUACUUCGCCUCGCUCGUCCGCAACGAACACGCCACCAAGGCCGCUCUGCAGCUCGCAGGUCGCUUGUUCUUGGCCGGCCAGCAGUUGGAUUUCCGUUCAGUUAAUCAAACUCACCAGGAUCAUUCAGUCCCCACAGUGUUACCAUCUCUCACGCCAUAUCCCUGGUCUCAUCGUUCUUACUGGCGGGAGAGUCGCAUCACCUACAACCACCGACUACCGCGCUUCCCACGACACGAUUUGCUGGGAAAAUUGGAAGAAUCCGCCUGUGAGGAUGAGCAACCUGUCUGGCGAAAUGUUUUCACCUUGGAUAACAUACCAUGGCUCCGCGGUCAUCGUAUGCAAUCCAUGACUACCUUUCCGAUGGCUGGCUACGUCAGCAUGGCAAUCGAGGCGGCAGGCCAGCGGGCCCAGCUGAGAGGCAUCUCGCUGUCCCAGAUCGCCGGGUACCGGCUCCGUGAGUUCCAUGCUUCCUCAGCGUUCAUCCUGGAGGAGAACGUCGAGUACGAGACCUGGCUCUCUCUAAGCGCGUUCACGGAAGGCACCCGCUCCUACUCCAGCGAAUGGGACGAGUUUCGAAUUGUCUCAUGGGCGGCUAGUCGCGGUUGGCGAGAGCAUUGUCGUGGUCUCGUCGGCAUCAGACGCCAGGAGUCGUCUACUUCCAACCCUGUCAGCGAGCGCCGACCAUUUCAUGCCAGCUUAAAACGACGGGAGGAGGCUAACCAGGGUGAACACCUCCCUGUGUCUCCGGAGGCCUUCUAUACUGAUCUAAGGAAUUGCGGAGCUGGAUACAGCGAUGCGUUCACAUUCGGUUCAGACAGCGGGUUGACCGUCGGGGGCGCAGACACCGGGUCCAGCAGGUAUGCACGCGGCAGGGUUACAGUUCCUGCAACAGCACUCACUAUGCCAUCAGGCCAUGAGUCACCGUUGACUGUGUCUCCUGCCUUCCUGGAUCUGUGCGUCCAGUUGUCCUUCCUGGUUCUGGGGGCGGGCCAUGACAGUAUUCCAUGCCUCUUCAUGCCAACUUAUAUCCGAGAAAUAAACAUUGCAGCCAAUUUCCCAUCUCAGCCGGGAGCGACAGUUGAUACUCUCGUCAAUGGUGUGUCAGCAGACACUUCCUGUCCCCGGGCAGUAGACUUCACCAUUGAUGCGUGGUCUCCUACAUCCGCAGAGCAGCCCGUGCUCACUCUUCUCGGCUUCCGGAUGGUCCCCGUCAACAGUGACAUGUUGGUCGAAUCUCGCCCGCAUCCAUGGUGUUACACGGUGCAGUGGGAGCCCGUAUCGUUUCCUUUCGAAGCAAAUGGCACAGCUCCAAUUACCCUAGAGAGUAAUGGGAAUGGCCAGGCUAAUGGACAUGGGCAUGGCGAAAUGAAUGGGAAUGGCGUUACCCACGCCAACGGCUGUCACAGCACAUCUAAUGGGCACAAGCAAGUGUCGUCAUCUGAUGACGAGACAACCAUCGUUAUCGUCAGCGAGAGAAACAGCUCUGAUCCACUCAUCGCUUCGCUCCUAAAAGCUAUCGAAACCAGUACAGUGUACACUGCCGCUGUAGUCCCCUUAUCCCGCGCCCCCAUCUCAUCCAAGUAUCGAUACAUCUGUUUGGCUGAACUGGACGCUCCGCUAUUGCAGUCAUUGACCUCAGAAUCCUUCAAGCUGGUCCAAGAACUCCUCAUCACAUGCUCCUACUGUCUCUGGGUCACCUCCGGUGGAUACUUGGCUGUCGAUCAACCCGAGCUCAACCUCAGUCAGGGACUUCUGCGUUCUGUGCGUUCAGAGACCGGAAACGCAGCUUUCAGCCUCGACUUGGAUCCUAGCUCUAGGCAAGACAUAGCAGGUCGAGCCCAUCUGAUCAUGGAUGCCUUCAAGGCGUCAACCAGCAUUGGCCAUAAGGCCGCCAGUGAUGAGGACCAAACGCUUUUGACUGACUACGAAUUUACUGAAGUCGGUGGGCGUCUGAUGGUCCCUCGUCUAACAGAGCAAGCUGAGCUGAAUAAUGCUCUCUUCCAGCGGACCCAUCCAUCAUUUCCAUACACGCAGGAAUUUGACCAAGGAACGGAUCGUCGGUUGAAGAUCGCUGUCGGCACAUUGGGCGCCCUGGACUCCCUCUACUGGACGGAUGAUCCGGCUCAGCCGCUUGGGGCCGACGAGAUCGAGAUCAAGGUGGCUUGCACCGGAGCCAACUUCAAGGAUGUGGUAAUUGCCAUGGGCCAAGUCGCCAGCCCUUACUUGGGUAUUGAGUGUAGCGGGACCGUGGAUCGUGUCGGAGCCAAUGUCAGCUCCCUCAAGCCCGGGGACCGCGUAUGUGCCAUGUCUCACGGCGCGUAUAGCACCUACGCGCGGUGUCCAGCAACCAGCGCAGCUCUGAUUCCGGACUCUAUGGAUUUCGAGACGGCUGCUUCUGUUCCUGUCACUUACAGCACGGCCUACUAUGGGCUUAUGGAGCUGGCUAAGAUGGAAGUCGGUGAAAGCAUCCUCAUCCAUGCAGCUGCGGGUGGCGUCGGCCAGGCUGCGAUCCAGCUGGCUCAAUUGACGGGAGCCGAGAUCUACGCCACUGUAGGCAGUGAGGAGAAGAAGCAAAUGCUAAUUAACCGGUACUGUAUCCCGGCGAGUCACAUCUUCUACAGUCGCAACACCGAGUUCGGACCUUGCAUCCGUGAAGCAACAAAUGGCCGGGGCGUGGACGUGGUAUUGAACUCGCUGGCUGGCGACUUCCUUCGGGAGACUUGGGACUGCCUGGCGCCCUUUGGGCGGUUCAUUGAGAUUGGAAAGCGGGAUAUCACUUCCAACACCCGGCUGGAGAUGGGCAAGUUUGAGUACAACUGCACCUUCUCCUCUUUGGAUUUGACGCUUGUUGCGGAACAAAGGGGCAAAGUUCUGAACCGGGUUUUGACCUCUAUUAUGAAGAUGUUCGCACAGGGAAGGUUGACGCCUGUAUAUCCGGUAACGACUGUAGGUAUUGGGGAGGUGGAAUCGGUGCUGCGCAAGUUGCAGAGUGGAAAGACGACAGGAAAGGUUGUUGUGGAUCAUCGGAUCAAUGGGAAAGUCAAGGCCACACACCCCCUUCCCUCCAGUAACCUUCUUUCGUCCAAUGCCACGUAUAUUAUCGUCGGUGGCACUGGAGGUGUUGGUCAGUCUAUCACUCGGAGAAUCGUUCAGCGUGGGGCUAGGCAUAUCGUCCUGCUCUCCCGCAGUGGCGCUGCCACGGAAGCUACGCAGAAGGUUAUCAGCGAAUGCCACGACUUGGGUGCAUCAAUCUACAUCAGAAAAUGCGAUGUGUCUGAAGUUUCGCAUGUUAAGGAGAUGGUUACAGAAUUACAGAAGGAACUGCCUCCAGUCAAAGGUGUUAUUCACGCAGCCAUGGUCCUCAAGGAUGUUCUCUUCGAACAAAUGACCUUUUCAGACUGGGAUGCCGUCCUGCGACCCAAGGUCGCAGCAGCCUGGAAUCUUCACAACGUCUUUCUCCACCAGCCACUAGACUUCUUCGUCAUGCUCUCCUCUGUUGCCGGCAUAGUCGGUAACCGCGGGCAAGCUGCCUAUGCUGCGGGCAACUGCUUUUUGGAUGCGUUGGCGCGCUACCGCCGCCAAAAGGGAUUAUCCGCAGUAUCUAUCGAUCUUGCCGCGGUAGGCGACGUCGGCGUGCUCUCCGAUGAUGCGGAAAGAAAGGCACAGGUAAUGAAGAACCUAGCAUCAGGCAAUACGAUGCAAGAAGUGGAGGUGCUAGCCCUAGUGGAGAUGGCGAUGCAGGGACGCCUGACCAGCUUGAAUGCGGACCAGUGCAUCACCGGUGUUCAUUGGGCUCCCCCAAGCCCAACUCCAUACUACGCCUCCGAUGCCCGUUUCACCCAGCUCGUCGAAGCCGCUAGGCAAAGCGAAGGCACCGAUACUGCCAAUGCCUCAUCUACAAGAUCCCUCUCCAUUACCCAGCAACUCCGCCGUGCAGCCAAUCUCCAGGAAGCCCUGGACAUCGCGGCUGUCAGCCUGCGCGACAAACUUGGCGAGAUUCUCAUGCUCCCCCGAGAAGUGGUGGAGGCGCAUACACAGUCGACUCCAAUUGCAACAUUUGGGUUGGAUUCGUUGAAUGCGAUUGAGUUGAGAAAUUGGAUUGGAAAGGAGCUGAAGGGGCAUUUGCAGAUUCUGGAGUUGUUGUCAGCGGCGACUUUGGGGGACUUGGCUCUGUCGGUGUUGAAGAAGUCGACGCUGGAAGGGGCGUGGAAAGUGGAAGUCUCUAACUGAUGCGGCUCUCUCGAGUGUCCGUAAUAUGGCGCAGGCCUAGUGAGCAGCUUUGAAUAUGGCAAUCAGGAGAAUAUAUAAUGACCUGUGCUCUGUACCUAGUUCCUAUCGGAGAGAGUCUGCAAUGUAAUCCAACAUAUUUGUAAACGUCUCAACUACUGGAAGUCUUCAAGGUUUUUGAUUGAUGAGUAAUCUUGCAGCGGAGAUUGCGUUCAAUGGAGUCAGGCUUGGUUAAUGCUAGCCUCAUGCUACGAGUACCAGAACUAAUAAGAGGAGAGUGGUGCCGAUGAAAAUAGUAUAUAAACGGUGAAAAC